CAUCUGCCACCCGCAGCUCUACUAAAAUUACGCGACGAAGGAUUGCUCUACGAUGAUGAACGCCUAAUGUACUACCAUCGUAGGUAUCACAGAUUUGACGCUGACUCUGAGCCUGUCUACAACACAGCUCAGUAAUAAUAUAAUUGUAAAUAGAUUAGGUUAAGUUUAUAUAGUUUUAAGGUAGAUUUAAGUUUUUAUUUUAUUUUAUUUUUUUUGUAUUAGCCUUUUUUUAACUUUUAAGGCAUAUCUAUACCAACGAAUGUUGUUAAAACACUAAAUUAAUUUAAUGAUUGCUUAGCAUAAAAAUGCGGCACUAAUAUAAUCUUAAUAUCGUAGUCUCCUACAUUGUAAGCCCUAUGGCAAAGGAGAAUGUUUACUUACUAACCUAUUUUAUACUGUAGCCAUUAAGUAUAUAAUGUAUAAUCUGACAAUUUAAAACAAAUAAAUGGCAAAUUUAAAAGCAAAAAAAAAGCAAAAACCGUUUUGGUUAUCAUUUGUGAACAGUGUUAAAAGUGUUUGUGUGAUUCAAAAAAAAAAAUAAUAAGUGAAAAUGCCUCCUAAAACCAGUGGUAAAGCAGCAAAUAAGGCCGCCAAAGCCCAAAAGAACAUUACCAAGGGCGAUAAGUCGAAGAGACGUACCAAGCGUAAGGAGAGUUACGCUAUCUACAUUUGCAAAGUGUUGAUGCAAGUCCAUCCCGACACCGGUAUCUCCUCGAAGGCCAUGAGCAUCAUGAACAGUUUCGUCAACGAUAUCUUCGAACGUAUUGCCGCCGAAGCCUCUCGUUUGGCCCACUACAACAAGCGCUCAACCAUCACCAGUCGGGAAAUCCAGACCGCCGUCCGUCUAUUGUUGCCCGGUGAAUUGGCUAAGCCCGCCGUCAGUGAAGGUACCAAGGCUGUUACUAAAUACACCAGCUCCAAGUAAAUGUCUUGAUAUUUUUCAUUUUGCGUCGAAAUACUACCUUAAAAGGCCGUUUUCAGGGCCACAAAAAACAUUUCAAAAGAGAUCAUAUUUUU